GUGGAUCUAUGGCUGCUUCCUUAUUGUAUGUAACGAACUGUCUGCGGCUCUCACCGUUCAGAGCAGUGAGUAAGUUGAGGAGUGUUUCAGUCCUUGGUGUCCACACUACAGCACGACAUAUGCAAGCAAGCCAGGAAGAUUUUGAGAAAGCACAGAAUGACCUGAAAACACUAAAAAAAGACCCUGGCAAUGAGGUCAAACUGAAGUUGUAUGCUUUUUUUAAACAGGCAACUCAGGGAGCUUGUAAUGUUCCAAAGCCAGGAAUGUUAGACUUUGUAAACAAAGCAAAGUGGGAUGCGUGGAAUUCACUAAAAGACCUACCCAAGGAAAAAGCCAGGCAAUCUUACAUAGAACUUGUUUCAAGUCUCAUCUCUGCUGAAUUGCCUGUGAAAGACCCAACAUCAACAAGUGCCAAUAAGAAAUAUGAGACUUUAGAGGUGUUUUCUCAAGAUAAUAUAACAAAGAUAUUCCUGAAUAGACCAGAAAAGAAAAAUGCAAUCACCUUGCAGAUGUAUGAAGAAAUUGGUUUGGCCUUAGAUGAAGCUGCAAAAGAUGACUCUGUUAUUACAGUCUUGACUGGACAUGGUGAUUAUUAUUGCAGUGGAAAUGACUUGAAUAACUUCACAAAUAUUCCACCAGAAGGCAAAGAAAAGAUGGCGAGUGACUCUGCACUGAUAUUAGAGUCAUUUGUCGGUAAAUUUAUUGAUUUUCCAAAGCCUCUUAUUGCGGUUGUGAAUGGACCUGCAGUUGGCAUCUCCGUGACCAUAUUGGGUCUGUUUGAUGUUGUCUAUGCCACUGAUAGGGCUACCUUCCACACUCCAUUCAGCCAGUUAGGGCAAAGUCCAGAGGGUUGUUCCUCAUACACAUUCCCUCGUAUUAUGGGUCUAAGCAAGGCUUCCGAGGUUCUCCUGUUCAACAAGAAGUUGACUGCACAUGAAGCUUGCCAGCUUGGACUCGUCACUGAAGUCUUUCCAGACAGCACUUUCCAAAAGGAGGUUUGGGAAAGACUGAACAGUUAUAGCAGUCUACCAAAAAAUUCCUUGGCUUUUUCCAAGCAGUUAACACGUGCCCCUGAGAAAGAAAAGCUUCAUGCUGUGAAUAGGGAAGAGUGUGAGCGCCUCAAGGAGCGUUGGCUCUCAGAAGAGUGCAUGAAUGCAAUUAUCAGUUUUUUCCAGAAGAGAGUAAAAUUGUAAAUUUCCUUAAUGGCUCACAUUUUGAAAUUUUACCUCCAAUAAAUAUUAACAAAACUUGAACUUUGUUAAUCAUUGU